GAAAAAAAAAAAAAAAAAACAAAACGCUGUCGUUUGUUCCACCGAGAUGGCAGAGUUGCCUCUUUCCUUUUGCCUUCAUCUACAUUUGCAUGCUUUUAUUUAUACAUAUUUUGCAGCAAAUCACCCAAAUGCUUAAAUUAUAGCAGCAGAGCAGUUGUAUUUGUGAUUCCUCCAUACCCUUUUUGUUUUACAUUAGAAAAAGGAAAAAAAAAAUGCAGGUGGAGCUAUCAGAUUUUGACCAAUAUUUUCUUGCUGAUCAAGGUUUUGUCUAUAUAAAAUUAAAGGGUGGCUCUUUUUUUUAGUGUAAAAGUAUACUGUUGACCCCUGAUAUCCUGGAGAAAAUCUUUUCUUUCUUAUGGGGUUUCAUCUUCUUCUUUAAAAAAUUCUUAAAAGUGUCAUUCUUAAACACUGAAUACCAUCUAAAGUUCAAACAGUAAUUGCCUUCAUAAAAGAUUUCAACAGUAACAGUUUCGGUAAGGGGUACUCUGAACAUGGCAUUGGUAAGGGCUGCAAGGAGUAGCUUUAGGCGUUCUGGAGGUGCAAUUGGAAACUAUGCAAGUGAGAGAAAUAUAUUCUGUGAAGGCAUUUCACCAUUGAGACAUCCUGCACCAGUUUUUGAAAAAGCUGUAACAGGUUUCAAUUCGUCAUACAUUCCAAGUACGCAGAUGAUAAAUCAAUUAAGUUUCGGGAACAGAGGAAUGAAGUUUACCCCUCAAUAUCAGUUUCCACAUGCAGAAGCUCAGACGGUUGGGGGUUCUGAUUCAAAGAAUGAAAGAUCCAGUUAUCCAGGCCUUGAAGCAACAAAACAGGGCGAAAAACCUAGAGUAGUUGUUCUUGGAUCUGGUUGGGCCGCUUGCAGAUUCCUCAAAGGAAUAGACACUACUAUGUAUGAUGUUGUUUGUAUAGCACCAAGAAACCAUAUGGUUUUUACACCUUUGCUUGCAUCUACUUGUGUUGGAACAUUGGAAUUCCGAUCAGUUGCUGAACCAGUUACCCAGAUACAGAAAGCACUGGCAAAGGAUCCAAAUUCAUAUUUCUUCCUAGCAUCCUGCACUGGUGUUGAUGCUGAUAAACAUGAAGUAUACUGUCAAACAGUUGGCGAUCGUGGAGUCUCUCAUGAGCAUUACAGAUUUAAGGUUGCAUAUGACAAGCUUGUCAUUGCUUCUGGAGCCGAACCUUUGACCUUUGGCAUAAAGGGAGUGGAGGAACAUGCCUUCUUUCUCCGUGAAGUACAGAAUGCCCAAGAAAUCAGGAAGAAGCUUCUUAUGAACUUGAUGGUCUCAGAAACUCCAGGCAUUUCGGAAGAAGAGAAAGAGCGCUUGUUGCACUGUGUUGUGAUUGGAGGUGGCCCUACAGGGGUUGAAUUCAGCGGGGAGCUAAGUGAUUUUAUCAUGAGAGAUGUACGCGAACGUUAUGCUCAUGUCAAAAACUACAUUCAUGUAACCCUAAUUGAGGCUAAUGAGAUUUUGUCUUCAUUUGAUGUUGGGUUGCGGGAAUAUGCGACAAAGCAUUUGACCAAGGUUGGUGUCCGCCUUGUUCAUGGUGUUGUAAAAGAAGUACAUCCAGAUAAAAUAGUUCUCAGUGAUGGAAGCGAUGUUCCAUAUGGCCUUCUCGUUUGGUCUACUGGAGUUGGUCCUUCCAAAUUUAUUAAAUCACUAGAUAUUCCCAAGUCUCCUGGUGGAAGGAUUGGAAUCGAUGAAUGGUUGCGAGUUCCUUCUGUAGAAGAUGUGUUUGCAAUAGGAGAUUGUGCUGGUUUUCUUGAACAGACUGGAAAGCCGGUGCUUCCGGCUCUUGCUCAGGUUGCUGAAAGGCAAGGGAAGUAUCUUGUUAAAUUGUUCACCGACAUUGGGAAACAGAAUGGAGGCAAAGCUCUCUCAGCCAAAGACAUCACUCUAGGAGAUCCAUUUGUUUACAAGCAUCUUGGAAGCAUGGCAACUGUGGGGCGUUACAAGGCUCUUGUUGAUCUCCGUCAAGCUAAGGGUGAGAAGGGUGUCUCGUUAGCAGGCUUCAUGAGCUGGUUUAUUUGGCGCUCCGCAUAUCUGACUCGAGUUAUCAGCUGGAGGAACAGGUUUUAUGUGGCUAUGAACUGGGGAACAACGUUAAUCUUUGGCAGAGACAAUACUAAGAUAGGAUAAACUAGCACUUCUAGUAGGAUUUUCUUGUUUUUGAUCCAUUUUUUGAACACUUGAUAACCUACCUUCUAGUGUAAUGUAAAAAUUUAUAAAUAAUGUUAUAUUUUUGAGGAUUGAAAA